CCACAGUGGAUACCCCAAAACAUCCAGAAGAGGCUCCUCCUCUAUGUGCUUCAACAACUCUCGUUGUUCUCGGAGAUCGACUUGCCCAAUCUCGAGGAGGUAUCGCUCAAUAACAUCAUUCUCCGUGACAUAGCCAUUGACCCAGAGAAAGUGGGUAAGAUCCCCGGGUGCAACUUGCGAAAUGGACUGGUGGGAUACCUCGAGUUGAACACGGUAGGAAGAGCGGGCUUGAUGGGAGGAGGAGUCAACAUCGAUGCAUCCAACGUCGAGGUGGUGAUAUCCCCAGACUUCGACGUUGAACAAGAUAUCUCCAGUAGCAUUCAGUUUCUGUUAAUGCAAAGCACGGCAAACCUAGCCAACACUAUCAUCGUGGAUACCGAAUCGGACGAGGACGAGGAAUCUAAGCAACCAGCAUCAUCGCCGAGCUCUGGCAGCUCGGCAAAGCCUUCUGCAUUAAGCGGGGUCAUGGCUAAGGCCGUGGAGAUGGCAUUGCUGAGGCUACAAAUAAAUAUCACUAACUUCAAAAUUAAAAUGAUUUCGGAACUUACAGAAGUGGUCCUUGAAAUCGAUAAUGUCCUGAUCUCCACCGUGAGCGAAGUGAGAAAUAUAAAAGUCUCGGGUGUGCGAUUGAUAACGCUUAAGCCAAAUGUUAAUCCAGGAGACACUAAUAGCACCGACGGCACCAAAUCACCCAGCUCAGAAUCUAGUUUUGAUGAUGACGAUGACGAUGACUCCAAUGACUAUGGGGAAGAAUCCUUGAUGGAUAGCAUGGUAUUUACUCACGAUGAAGCAAGCUCCAUUUAUAUGAGUGCAACCUCGCAGUCUUUUGCCAAAGAUAAUCUCUUCAGAAAAAGUCCACCUCCAACAGUAUUACAUAUUGAUUGUAUCAGUCUCGAAUUUGAAGGUCUCUCGCAGAUUCGAAAUUUGAAGGUUCAUGUCGGUGACGUCAAAAUUGCAUCGACUCCCUUAACUCCGACCAUAUCAUCUAUUUUUGAUGGAAUAUCUAGAAGCAUGAAGAUCAAGAGGCACCAAAAAAAACAGCAACCUCGCAAAGAAGAAGGAACUACUAACCCAAAAUUUCCUCAGUACUCAACUGAAAAUGAUGAGGUGAGCGAAGAAGAAGAACAAGAAGCGUCCCCAACCCAAGAUUCUGAUGAGCUUUUAUUCAACAAAUUUCAUGUGACGAAUAUCAUAAUCAGUUCGACAUCAGCAUUGCUGCCUACUGGAGAAUUUGUUGCAAACAAUACGAUCAAUUUUAUUCUCCAUAAUUUGAACAUCAAGCAAAAGAAUGAACUUACUAUAUAUGGAGGAAUCGAAACUUUUCAGAUCACGCAAAUAAAGAACUCGGUUUCUACAAAAAUUUUUGGAUUUGAACAAAGUGAUAUAAGUGGAUCAGCCAUACUGGGAGACUCCGUGUUCAGAAAUUCACCAGGUCCAACGAGACCACCUUCAGCAAAAGCUGAUAUCAGAUUUGAAUUCUCAAAGAAAUCCGAAAACUCUCUGGAGAGUUUAGAGAUUACUACUUUGAUGUCAAAAAAUGCAAAUCUCACAUUGGAUAUUUCUAGCAUAAUGAUUCUAGCCAAUCAUGCUAAAGCAGUGGGGUCUAUUUACUCUAGUUAUAGUACUAUGAAGCAAAUCAUUAGUUCUAUUAACCAAAGACUUGGUUCCCUUGAUAAGAAAGUUACUUCUACGCCGCAACCACCCCCUCCUAAACCUCAAUUUAUAUUGCAAACAGCAUUUAUCUCGGUGGUCAUUAAUCUCAAUUCAAGUUCUGGUAUCAAGGCCACCAUGUCCCCAAUGUCAUUCAAUUUGCAUCAAGAUCUUUUGAAAAUGGCGAAUAUUCUGUUAGCUCAUCUUGAUAAUAAUGGUCAGCCAAGUACAAUUGGUGAGAUAACUGCAAUUAAGUUAAUUACAAAAUCUCAAGAAUUUAAGGCUUAUCUUGAUAGCUCCACAGGUGCAGGAAAUGGAUCAAGUUGGAUUCCUAGACAGAUUGCCGCAAGCUCUUCAUUGUUUUUGAGCGUUUCCAAGGUCGCUUUCAAUAUGAAGUGUAAAGAAGUUUCUAGUUUGUUGAACGAAAUCAACUACUUUAUUCAUCAGUAUUCUGAAUUAUCACCUAAUCAAUUCAACUCGUUAGAGAAUUCGGUAUUGAUUGGAAAGAAUGGCUCAGGAAGUCUGAAUCUUAUGCAAAAUUCGAAUUUAAGUCCAAGCCACAGACGUUCCAGACCGUUUGGUCAACCAAAUCCCCUUGCAAAAACAAAUUUUAUGAACUUGAAUAAAUCAAAUAUUGCAUCGUUCAGAUUCAUGUUGAAGGAAUUUGAAUUAAACUUAUUCAAUGUUCCACCUAAUUUUGGGAACAUAAAAGUUAAAGCUACAGAUAUUUCACUUUUCGAGAUAAGUCUGAACAUUCAUGGUUUUGUUCAUUCCUUUGAGAGCUACAGGAUUGGUACAGAUGGUCUGUGUGAUAAUUUAAUGGUAGACUUCAGAAAUAGAUCGCCAACGGACAUCCAAUAUCCUUUGAUCCUUAUCAAUACUAAGCUUACUGAGAAGGUUAAUACUGUGGAUGUAAUACUUCAUAAUUUUCUUUUUGAGUAUUACACCAAGUGGUUGAGUCUUUUGGAAUCGGAUAGACCAGUUGAAGAAAUAAAGGUUCCCAUUUCUGCUUCGGCAAAGAAAAGGAUGUCGGGUUCAACUACCUCAAAAAGAUUCGACUUGAGGUUCAGCUUGAUAGAUUGUGUGCUUGGGCUCAACCCUGGGAGACUUGCUACAAAAGCAUAUGUGGUUAUCGAGAAGGGAAGUUCGGAACUAACCUUUGGUGAGCAGUUUUAUAUUAAAAGUUCUUUGAGAGAUUUGUCGCUUUUAUUGAUAGAUGAUACCAAGAAUGAAGAACCAUAUGUGGAGCCCAAUCAGUUAAAGUCAAAAUUGUCAAUUCCUUCUUAUACUUCGCCUUUAUCCUAUUAUCAAGCCAUGGGGUAUAUUUCUAUCGCGAAGAUUAAUUGCACACAUGUAGGAGUGACAUUCAAUAAUCAUAUCCAGGAGAUGAUCGAGAGAAAUGAAAAACUCUCCAUUAAUCAACUACCAUCACUACUUGAUAUCAAAGUUAAUUCGGAUGACCAUCAGAUUGAACUAUGUGCUGAUUCCAUGCAGGCCGUGCUUCAGUUAGUUAAUGAUUUGAAGCUUCCUCUAAAUUUCAAAGAGGAAGAUAAAAUGAAGGUGACAGUGGAUAAUGAGAUCAAUUUGUUAAACGAUGUAAUUGACCAAUUCAAACGGAAUUCAGACCUUCAACAACUUACCCUUACUCAAAAUUCAAGUAAAUCCUCCAAUGAAUUUUCUAACCAAUCCUCAUUAGCCAUUCAGGAAGAACAUUUUACUUCUAACGAUGGUAUCGAACUUCCCAAGGUGAUCAAAAAAGUUGAUCCAAUCAAGAUGAACAUAUACUUAGCAAAGAUAAAGAUCUACUUGUAUGAUGGUUAUGAUUGGAAGUCUACGAGAAAGUCUAUCAAGGCCGCAGUCAAAAGAGUAGAAGAACUGGCACAUAAGGAUGAGGAAAGCAGUGAUUAUCCUGGUGAGAUGAGUGAGUCUGAAUCUGACACAAGUGAUACCUAUGGUGAGACUUUAUUCAAGUCAAUACACUUGGCUUUGCCAAGAGGAACUUCACCAACAAAGUUAACUGAUACAAUCAACAGGAAUGUACAGAAUAACAGGGAAUCUUCUGAAACAGUGGUAUCCUCUGAGGCAUCUACAAAGGCACAAUUGAAUGUUGAUGUCCGCAAGAACUAUAAGAAUCUCAAAAUUCGUCGUUCCAUGUUUCACAAGGUACUGAUAGAAGCAAAAAAUCUAGAAACUAAUAUCAGCGUGCAUUCUACUAGGGAUCCCAGGAAGAACUCUACCGAUGAUGACUUGAAUUUUGAGCUUUUGAAUACUUUAGAAGUGAGGCUCGACGAUUUGAUUAUUUAUGAUAAUGUUCCAUCAUCUUCAUGGAAUAAAUUUCUCGGAUAUAUGAAUAGUAUCGGGAAGAGAGAAAUUGGAACGAGUAUACUCAAAUUAUCUCUCACUAAUGUCAGGCCAUCGCCAAGCUUAGUAGCGGGAGAAGCCAUCAUGAAGCUUUCAAUAUUACCACUUCGGUUACAUAUCGAUCAAGAUACAUUGGAUUUCGUGACUAGAUUCUUUUUAUUCAAGGAUGCUAGAUUUGAACUACCGCCUGAUGAAAUAAUGUAUUUACAAAAGUUUGAAAUUGAUCCAGUGAAAUUGAAGUUAGAUUACAAACCGAAGAAAAUCGAUUAUAUGGGAAUAAGGUCAGGUAAGGCUUCUGAAUUCAUGAAUAUUUUUAUUCUCGAUGGGUCAGAUUUAACACUUGAAAAAGUAGCACUUCAUGGCAUCCAUGGAUUCGAAAAGUUGGGAAGUGCAUUAGGAGACGCAUGGGCGCCAAGUAUUCAACAAACUCAGUUGGCAGGUAUUAUUGCUGGUCUCUCUCCAUUAAGGUCUAUUGUGAACAUUGGUGGAGGUGUUAAAGAUCUAAUUGCCAUUCCCAUAAAAGAAUACAAGAAAGAUAAGAGAUUGCUAAGAAGUCUUCAAAAAGGAACUUUAUCUUUUGCCAAAACUGCAGGAUAUGAGAUUGUCAAUUUGGGUGCAAAAUUGGCAUCUGGAACUCAAGUAAUUCUAGAGCAAGGAGAAGAAAUGUUAGGAGGUGAAGGAGCUGGUGUGAGAACUGUGGUAAAAAAGCCAAGAUCUGAAAGUGUUAAAAAAGAUGAUGGAGGGGCAAGUACAGUUCGGAUAAGCAAGGGAAAAACAGACUUGUUUACGUCAUCUCAACAUUUGCAUCAAAGUUUCAAAGUUGAUAAGGACCAAUAUGGCAGUAGAAAACUUUAUUCUUAUGUGGAAAUGGAUGAUGAAGAUGAUGAAAUUUCUGCAAUUGAUAAAGAAUUGCUCAGCAAAUCCAUUUUUUUGCUUGAUUCUUCGCCCAGAAAAGCUAAAACUUCAAGAGAUAGGAGGUCAAGCGUAGGGAUGGAUGAUGAUGAAAUAGAUGAUGAUGACGAAUUUGAAAAUCUCGAAAAAGAAGCAAGUGGCAAGAUGAUUAGUCUUUAUUCUAAUCAGCCUGAAACUAUCAAACAAGGAAUAAAGUCUGCUUAUAAAUCAAUUGGUAAAAAUUUGAGUGCAACAAAGAGAACCAUUAUCAAUUUGAAAAAUGAAGUCAAUGAAUCUGAAAACUUCCAAGAGUCGGUGACCUCAGUCCUCAAAACCUCGCCAAUUAUUUUGAUAAGACCGAUGAUUGGUACCACAGAAGCAUUGUCAAAAGCAUUAAUGGGACUCAGUAAUGAAAUAGAUUCUAAAAGGAUCAUUGAAUCAAAGGACAAAUAUAGGUAC